UAGUUACUUAUGACAAGAUCAACGAGCUGGAGUAUCUAGACAUGGUUGUGAAAGAGUCAUUACGAAUGUAUCCACCAAUAGUAACUCCGCUCUCUCGUGAGGUGAAAGAGGACUGUGAGUUUGAAGGACUGAGAUUCCCAGCUGGUUCCUCGGUGUUUAUCCCCAUUGUUCACAUGCAUUACAAUGAGAAAUUCUGGCCAAAUCCAAAGGCAUUUGAUCCAGAGAGAUUCCACUCAAGUAAAAAGAAAGAUAUUCACGUAGCUUCCUUUUUACCAUUUGGUUUGGGACCUCGUAACUGCAUUGGCUUCAGGUUCGCUUUGAUGGAGGGAAAGAUUGCCAUAGCUCGCUUGCUUCAGCGAUACUGCAUCCAGAUGUGUGACCUGACUGAGGAAGAAAUAAAAAUGAAGGCUGCAAAUAUAGCCUUGACUCCUGAGUCGGGGCAUAUUUAUCUUCGCUGUGUACACCGUUGAUAAUGCAGAGUAGCCUGUGUUUAGUGAUAGUAUACACUUGUCAUGAAAUACACUCUCCACACGCAACCAACCACUCUUGCACACUUGUUGAUAUUUGUGAACUUCCGUAGCUUGUUCCUCUCGUAGCUUUGUUAACACUAGAGCAUCGAUCUUUUAUUUAUUUAGUCUAGCAUAUUAUUUCAUUAUUUUUGGGGUCAAUAACUUUACAAUGAACCCGUGGAAUUAUGACCUGUUAAAUAUAAUUUCGCUGGACUCAUGCGAGGCUGUUUACUUUAAUUGGGAAUUUUAACCAGACAUAUUUGCUGAUCGAACUAUUGAUUAGUUAAUCGAAUCGGAAUGACUAAAUCAAUCCAUUCAUUAAAAUAGAAUUUUGCCCAGUGAAAUUAAUUUCAAAAUUACAAAAUCAGUGUUAUAGGUACCAUGAAGCAACUUUAUUCUGGUUAGUGUAGUUUCUACUUCAAGCAUGAAUUGAGUAUGUAUAGGUAUCAGAGCGCGUUUAAAAAUAACAUUUAUUAAUCGUGAAAACAUAAAUUAAUUGAAAAAAUAGCUGUCAACGACAUCCACUAAUUAGUAUUGGCGUAGUGAGCAACAAGAGAGAAGUAAAUAAAUUAGGAUAAGAGAAAAACUGGCAAAAAAAAAGAAAAAGAAAAAGAAAAGCCACACUGGUAGAGAGAAAAGUGAGAGAGGGAAUUACUACUUACGGUAGACAAUUACAACGAACUAAUUUAUUACGUUGAAGACAAGGUACAAGGUUAAGUCGAUCGAAUUUAUUAAUUUUAUUUUUCCGCUUUUUCGAAAGUUCGGGACAUCUGCUUAAUCUAAUAGCACUUUAUUCAUUGAAAUAUAUUUUCUAUAAUGGGUGAAAUAGCAUUUUUCGAAGGAAAUGCCUUGCCACGCGCUCCCUUUGGGCAAGUCUCUCCUUCUAAGAAUCUGGUUUUCUUUCGUUAUAAAGUUCCAUUUUCUUUUGUCUGAGCCUUAAGGUUAUAGUAACUGGCGAAUUUCGAUGCUUCAUUGCUUCCAUUUUCCGUUUUCUUCUUAGUGUUUACUCAGUAUUUUUAUAAUUUUAUUCAAAGAAAAUUUCUAGAGCCCAAGGUGAAGAAAAGAUGACGAGAUCGCGUCAGAAAAAAUGAGUAAAGUUGAGAGAACGAAAAGAUGUGCACCCUUAAAUGCCCUAAAUAGUGCAAAGGUGGAGUGAGAAUACCCAAUGUUGCAGAGCAGAGAGAGAUGAAAUCAUGAACUAAAGUAUAUUAUUCAUGAUAUCCACAAACACUAGAUUGUUUUAAGCCUGUUAUAAAUUCCACUUUGUCUUUUGUUAGCCCAUUUUCCCAAUUCCUUCUCAACGGCACGAGUGACAUCUGAUCUCACAAUUGAGGCUACAACACCGACUGGUCGUGGAGGAUGGUGGUUGACCUAUUGGCCCUUAAAUUCUCUGAGCCUCUAGCAGCUUCGCCAAGGGAAUGAAAUUGCUUAAGGGCGGCGUAGAAGAACUUUGGGAAGGUCAUAUUCCAUGGUAGCUAACCCCUGCAAUGCCCCUAACUAAGGGCAUCGGAGAUUAUUGACAGGUGUAAGAAUAUCUUGCUGUUCUUGGAUCGAUGGAAACUAGACCAUGGAUUUGGGGGGGGGGGGAGCCCUCUUCACUGACAUUUCCUCGAAUUUAGACUUAUUCCUUAUCGUAGCUCCAUGCUCUGUUGUCUAGGUCCUUUCCAAAAAUUAGGCCAUAGCGCUCAGGUGAGCGCAAUUUUGGAGAGGGUCAACAUUUUUCCACCAGCCGCCUGCUAUGUUGCACUUCACUAGAGAAGAAACAGUUGCGUUCCCCAUGCUUUAAAACACAAAGUUCUUUCCAUCUAAAAAAAAACUGUAAAUUAAAACAAUCAAUUACAUCAGCAUACUAACUCUGUGGUAAAUAGUAACUACAACUCUACUUAUAUUUGCCGUGAAUGGUUGUGCAUAUGAAAGCUAUGUUUAAGAUUAAUACCAGAUUUAUUGGUGCGGCAAAUACCUGGAAAGCGACUGAAAAGGCAAAGUGAAAAAUUAUCCGUGAUUUAAAAGAAACUGGGUUAAAGAUGAAAAUUUUGCAUAGUUGCAUAAUGAAGAUAUUUGUUUUUAAACGUGUAAGUGUGGCCUUGCGACGGAACUGAAAUGAGCGAAUAAUUUUCAUUACAUAGAGAAGUAAUGAUCAAAUGGUUUUACAGGAAACCAUCAAACUAAAACUGAAAUUAAGAUGCAAUCUAUAUUCCUGUGAUGUAUAGUUAUUUUCAUAUGGUUAAUAAAGUUCAUGUCAAUUAAAAACGUAACAUUAUUGAUGCAGCCAGUUAACAUUUUUUAUUCUUGAUGAUGAAUAAAUCAUUAUAUGAUCUUAAUUUGUUAUGGCCACAUUUCUUUUCCUUUUUUUAUUUCAGUUAUUUCAGUGCUUGGGAAUGCAGAUAUUUUCUACCAUGUAAU